UAUGUAAUCAUCAAUAAAUAAUACAACUAUCACAUCAAAUGCACAUUGCUAUAAAUAAAAAUGCUCCAGAAUAGAUGUCAUUAAUUAAAUUAUUGCCAAAAGAUAAAUUACUAAUGAUAGCUUGUUUUAACUUAAAUUUUAAUAAUUCUAUAGAGAUAGAAUGCAAUUGAACAAAAUUUAAAAAAAAGAUAAUCUUGAAUUACAUGAUUAAAUACUUAGACUAUAUAAAAACAAUCAAGUUGCCCAAUAAAUCAAUCUUACUAUUUCUACUUAAGAAAAUACAUACACACAUUCAUUUCCUAAAUCAAUUAAAACAUCAUUAGAAAAAAGAAGACCAAGAUCAUAAUCUACUCAUAGAAAUAUUAUUAAUUCUCCUCAAACUAAAAGACCUAUUCUAACUGAUGUUUUAAGAAUUUCUCCUAAAUAUAUUACUAACAGAACAACAAUCUCAUCCAAAAAUGACAUCAGAUCUGUUAGAAAAAAUAUAUUUUUAGAUGCUUUAAUCCUUCAAUAAGAUAGCUAAGAUUUAUUCUGAUAUUGUUUUUAUUAGAACUGAAUG